AUGGCUGAACCAAAAGCUCCUUCAGUGAAUCGAAGAGAGAUGAAACGACUGCGGCGGCAACUUGAUAAAGUCGCAAGACACGACAGCACGAUUGCGGAAGAUGAAUUGUUCCAAAUACUUUUGAACUCGUACUCCGACCUCACAGAGCUGAGUCCUUUGUUAGAACAACCAAACAAAGAUUUGAGCCGGGUUCUUUCAAAUAAGGGUAGACACAGUGAGGAUAUCCAAGUGGAAGUCCAAACGUUUCUUCUCAGACAUGGCAGAACACUACAGUGGAUCGAGAGCAUUGAUUCCGACUUGAUCCUCGCGGAUGCGCAUCUCUACAACGCGAGUAUGCCAAAGAUUUCCGCUGCCUCAGUCUUCAGCGCCUCCCUGAUAACUAGCUUGGUUACCGCCAGCCCAGAUGCCGUGGUUGUUCAUUAUUUCUGUGGCAUUCACUUUAUUCCCAAAGAUGAAUGGUACGGUCCAAAGGGACUUAUUCGCUUCAUCACUAUACAGGUGCUAUUGAGUCUCAUGUCCACCCAGAGCGUUGAUCUUAGUUUUAUCGACAGCAGGGAAUUUGUUCAAGAUUUGGAAGACCAAAAUUUGUCCCGGCUCUGUGACUUGCUAUACUCAAUCAUAGACCAGUUCUCAGAGGAUAUCACGAUUUGGUGUGUAAUCGAUUCGAUUCAACGCCUCGACAAGCCGGGGACUUCAGCAGAUCUGAAAUUUGUCAUGGAAUUCUUGCACUGCCUCAUUGAUGACACAAGUCUUCGGCCGACUGUUAAGAUCUUCAUGACGAGCUUGAAUCACAACAAAAGGAGCAUCACUCAGCUUCCGAUUUUCCAAGCUGAUCCAAGCCGACUUAUUCCCCUGAGACCGGCUGGUGCCAAGGCAACAAGGAGAUUGUGUGACCACGCAAUCAGCGAUCAAAUUUCCCGAGCUCUGCCCUACCGUGGAGCUGGACCAAGUGAAGAAUACUAA